AUGGUGACACAGCUGUUCCGGAGCGGCAGCGGCUCCGACGGCGCCCCCUCGCCCUCGUUCUCGUCCCCGGCCCCGGUCGUACCGCCGGUGGUUCGAAUCCUCGCCUGCGGGGGAACGUUCCUCCCGGCCCCGGCCAAGCCGAUGCUGCGCCGCGUGGACGUAAGGACGGCGGCGCCAGCGGGGGCGGGGGCGGACCAAGCGGGGGGAGAGGAGGCCGAUGUCGUGAGCCGGCCCGUGAGGUCGGACCUGUGCGCCGCCGCCGCCGGUCGGUCAGAGCGCGACGGCGAGAACGAAGAGGAGGAGGAGGAAGAGGAGGAGGAUGACGAGGACGCGCGCGGCGGUGGCGAGGCGGCGGUGAAGGAGGCCGGGAUCAUGACGUGCGUCGCGAUCUCGGCGGCCGGCGCGAGGGGGAGGGGAAUCCUCGUGACGGGUUCUUACGACAAGGGCGUGCGCGUGCUCCACAACGUCCUGUGCCCGGACCGCGAGAACCCGCCGUCAUCGUCUGAUGAGGACGGGGCGGCGCCGCCGCCGCCGGUAACCAUGCGGAUGCUGGGGCGCCACGAGGAAGGAGUGCGGGCGGUGGCCAUCUCGGCGGACGGUCGGUGGGCGGUGACCGGCGACCGCAAGGGCCUCGUCAAGGUGUGGGAAGUCCCGCGGGAGACGCCGCCGGGGGCGGAUCGCGAGCCGUCGUCGCCGGACGGGGCGGCGGAGGCCGAGUUCGAAGCGCACAAGGGCUACGUCUACUCGCUGUGCAUGUCGCCGGACGCGCGUACGUUGGCAAGGACCAGCAGAUGCCGCCUACCGGUCUUGAUGCGUUUGUUGGUCUUCGAUGUUUGGAUGAUGUUGUGGAUGUAGUCUGAGGAGGAGGAGAAAAGGAGGAGGAGGAGGGAUACGCCCAUGUCCUAUUAUAGUAUUCUUGUGUCACCAGGAACUUGGUGGGUGGUUGACCGCUCUCUUGGGUUAGUCGGGACCGCCCUCGCUCAUUCGUUGCUUGGUUGGCCUACGGUGAAUACUCUGAAACCAGAACACCUUCUUUUCCCUCCAAAAAGAUGAAGAAAGCGGUAGAGAUCUGAUGUGUUUAUGGCGUUCAUGUGUGCCCUGUGUGUGUGAUUACUCCCAUCUACUCGGGGCGGUAGUUUACACACCGUUCGGCAUGUGCUUGACGCACCAGCCGGGGUCACACAGACAGGAAUAAGUAGUCACUAAACACAGUUUUUUUUUUUGUUCUCCACCUUUCCUCCGGCGGUGCUUGCCUUCAAUUUCUAUCGCGAGAAGGGCUCUUCCGCAGUGUAGUGUGUGUGUGAGAGUAUGCCAGGGUACAGAAGCGUGCAUCGGUUUGCUCGAGUAUGGGCUGUGUGUUUGACGUUUCACGCAGAGGGAUUCGCGGCAGUAUGGAAAGCUGUACCCUGGAAGCAGGCACUACCGCUGAAGCUUUGGUCUAGCUCAACAGCAACCUCCGUGAGUUUCCAGGAGCAGCGGGCGGGCGAGGUGCGUGUGCGUGUGUGUGUGUGUGUGUGUGUGUGUCUUGAA